ACAGCUGCGCCUCAUCUGUCUCCCUUUCCACCCUGCCGGGAGGAUUCAUUGUUGUUUAUUUCCAACCAAUUCUCCAUUCUUGCUUCUGAAGCAGAUCUGGCUCCCUCCAGUCGCAAUGAACAUUGUCCUGUCCAGAGACAGCCAAGUCCGGGUGAUGGAGAACACGGUGAACAAUGCUGAGAAGUACUUUGGCCAGUUCUGUGUCCUGUUGGCCGCCUACACCCGGAAGGCAGCCGGACUUCGAGACAAGGCAGACCUGCUCGUCAAGCAGCUCUUGGAUUUUGCCAAUACCGAGAAUCCUGAAAUGCGCACCACCCUAAAGAACUUUGCGGAGGAGUUGGCCAAGGUACAGGAUUACCGGCAGGCCGAGGUGGAAAGAUUUGAAAUGAAGGUCAUCAAUCCACUGAGACUCUAUGGGACCCAGAUAAAGCAAACCCGUGCCGAGAUCAAGAAAUUCAACAAGGUCCGAAAUAAUGAAAUCAAACAACUAGAGAAACUGGAAAGACUGAGGCAGAAGUCACCUUCUGACCGACACACAAUUUCCCAGGCUGAGACAAAUGUGCAGAAAGCUUCUGUGGAUGCGAGCCGUACCACCCACCAACUUGAAGAGACCAUUGAUAUAUUUCAGAACCAGAAGCUGAAAGACAUUCAGAAAAUUUUCUCCGACUUUGUAACCAUUGAGAUGGUUUUUCAUGCCAAGGCUGUGGAGGUAUAUUCCAAGGCCUUCCAGAUACUGGAAAACUAUGAUUUGGAAAGAGAUCUAGAGGAUUUUAGAGCCAAGAUACAUGGUGUUAGUGGGAAUCUGGAUGCAAGGCCCAUCAAUGCGACCAACCCCUCGUCAUCUGUAUCAUGGUCUUUUGCUAGUCUGAAUGCCCAGAGCACCAUGCAAAACCAGAAACAAGAGGAAGAGACAAUAAGUGGCAAGGCCUCUGCGGAAGAGGACGAAGUAGAAGAUCUCAGGGAAACAAGGACUUCUCAGAUGAGAAGAUAACCGUCCCUUGGCAGUCACCAACACUGGAGUUUGAAUGAGCAUUCUGUAUCUUUCUUAACAAUGUCUUAAGUUUAUUCUUCAUCCACAGAACCCUGUGACAUGCUGGAAGCAUUCCCCAGGGAGCCCUAAACCAGAUCAAAAUAUAAUGGGGAAAUAUUUAACAAAUACAAUAGAACAAAGAUGUUGUUAAUAUGUGAUUUUAUAAACCAAAAUGUGGCCUGCAGGGUGCCUUACAUAGGUACAUUUUAGCAACCCCUUGUUUCUAUCUGAAUCUGAUCCCACUUAUCUAAGCUGUUUAAAUGCAGAGACCAGAGUGGCAAAGCUUAUCCAUCAAAGUAACCUGGGUACUAAGAAUCCCUCCCAUGAUGCAAUGCUGAACUUGGAGAAAGGCUGACUCAUGAAAAAAUUGAAUGGAUAGAUUGAGUUCCCUUGGUGGUAAUUUAGAGUCAUUAUUUCCCAUGGUACAUCAAUAGGACUGUUUUCUUAGUUCCCCUGGAAUUGUAUGGAUUUUCCAGUUGCAUCUUUGGAAAGCAAAUUCUGUGUUUUUUAUUUGUUUUUGUUUUGUGUU